CAAAAUCCCUCGCAAGCAAUCAAAACCCUAGUCGACCAAAGAAACAGCAAUGGCGGCAAAUGAUAAUAGCAACAGAAGGAAGAAGCCCAACAUACUCGUCACCGGAACGCCCGGUACCGGAAAGACAACGACGUCGUCUGCUCUAGCAGAGAGCACACAGUUCCGCCACAUCAACGUCGGGGAUUUGGUUAAGGAAAAGAAUCUCCAUGACGGUUGGGAUGAAGAGCUCGAUUGUUACGUCAUUAAUGAAGACUUGGUGUGUGAUGAGUUAGAGGAUUUGAUGGAAGAAGGAGGUAACAUCGUGGAUUACCACGGCUGCGAUUUCUUCCCUGAACGAUGGUUUGAUCUUGUGAUUGUGCUUCAAACUGAAAACUCUGUCUUGUACGAUCGCUUGCAUAGCAGAGGUUACUCAGAGAAGAAGCUUUCGAAUAAUAUUGAGUGUGAGAUUUUCCAAGUGCUGCUUGAGGAAGCAAAGGAAAGUUACCCAGAGAACAUAGUAAUGGCACUAAAGAGUGAUAACAUUGAUGAUAUUACAAGAAAUGUGACAACUUUGACAGAGUGGAUUAGAACCUGGUAAUCCACCUUCUAUUUUUCCAAUCAAAUAUUAUUAAACCCUAAUUUUCAUUUGGGUUUCCGAGUGUGUGACUGAUUGUAUGAAAUAUUGAUCUCUGUUUUGGAAACUUUUCUAACUGUGGUUACUACUUUUUGUUGGCUUCAGAUAGAUACUAUUUUUGGGGUCAAAUGAAAAUGUUUAUACAUAUUUAUGUGAUGUUUAAAGAUGUAGUGGGCAAUUCAUUAGUUAGAUUUUGUUAGGAAUAAUAAAUGUAGGUCUCUGAACCUUUCAUUUAAGACCAGAGUUCUAAUGUAACUUUUGAGCAAUUUAGCUGGUCGUUGAUUAACUUUUGAGCUAUUUAGUUUUGAAUUGGAUUUGUCUUAUUCUUUGUUCAAUAUAAUGUUUGCAUGGAUUAGUGUGAUUAA